AUACAUGACCAAUAAAUCACUUAACCAGCAAAUACCAAGUGAAACAGAAUCCAUGAUUACAAAAUGGUCGGUCUGGAUUAAUAGGGCCCAGUUUGGUGGUUAUUUGCUUAGUAUCUUAGGAUGGAUCCUGUGUAUUACCUCAACAGCCACUGAUCACUGGAGAGUGUGGCAUGUUAAAAGUAAGGACAACUUGUAUCCUGGCUUGUUAUGGAUCGGAAUCUGGAGAGCCUGCUAUCUGCACAGCACUCACCCAGAAAACAGAUACAUCCACUGUGAGGACUUCACUGAAGACCUGAAGAUGCUGCCCAAUGAAAUUUUUCUGGCUCAAGAUCUGCUGAGCUUGUGUUGCAUCGUGGGAGCCGUGGGGAUAACGUUCAUGAGCUUUGCCUUGUGGAAUGUUGUCAGAACCAUAACACACAAAACUUUUUUGCUCACUCUUUUUAAUGUUGGAGGCCUUAUUAAUUUCCUAACAGGAAUCAUAAUCUUAAUUCCCAUUUCCUGGAACACUUAUUCCAUCUUUAUUAAUGCAGACAUUAGGUUUCCCGAGUCUUUCAAAAUGCCUACUUCCCCAAUGUACCAGGAGAUUGGAGCUGCUAUUUAUGUUGGCUAUAUUGCUUCAUUUUUAUUAUUAGUGAGUGGCGUAAUGGUCAUCUGUAAUAAACGGGCUUUUCAAAACAGUCGAGAAAAUAUUGUUUUAUCCCCAGGAGUUGGAUCGCUGGCAGAAGCUGAAAUUAGUAGAAACACUGGCUCUUCUGGGACAAUCUGCCAACCACAGAAAGAGGAGCCUGAGCCCCGGGCUGAUGCGGUAACAUCUGUGCAUCUCACAGUUAUGAAGAAAGAGUCUGUACAAUCAGAGCAGCAGCAACUGCUUGAGGAUGCUAAGGAGGUCCCUAUUGUAUUAGUUACUCCAUACGUGGUCGAAUCCCCAGCUGAAGGGGAGGAGGCAGUGAAGAAGCUGGACAGCAGGGAGUCACAUCCAAGGAGGAAGCAUCACCGGUCGGAGUAGGAAAGCCUUUUCUGCUGGUGCCCAAGA